AUGGAUAAACCUGCCGAGAUUCAAUGGGAUGCAUUCGCAGGGUCAAAGUACAACGUGGCAGCAAAGUUCUGCCAGGAAGUCGACGCCCUGGCUUCACAAGCGCUUUCAUGGGUUGUCGACAUAACUGGCAACAAUCAGGAAGCCAAGCUGCAGGCGCGAACUCCGCCAGUCACACUCGACCCGUACAAGGGCUACAUCGUAAAUCUCGGCGGGCACACGGGAGGCGAAGGCAACGUCAUGGCCGAAAAGGGCCAAUUCGAUGCUGGGUGCGGGACAUACUCAUACCAAAUCACCAACACGGCCCCUCGCAAAGGGGAGCUGCGUUGCAACAGCGAGGGCGACUUUCCGAAGCACAAAGAUGUCCACGAAGUGACAGUCAAGCAGGGACUUAAGGCUAUGUGCAAUGAGGUCUUACCUGACGUUGUGACACCCGGACAUGAGGCAAUAACCCGGAUCUACUACUCGAAGUAUUUCAAUGCCGCGAAGUUGAAGUAUACCGUGGCUUGGAGAAAGCAGUGCUCGCCUGCCGUAACGGAGCAGAAUCCCAAGGAACCUUGGGGUGGGGGUACGAUUGGAUGUCGCCAGUUAUUCUACCAACUUUGGACCGAUUGUAUCAACGGAGGUGUUGCUGGAACGCGGGAUAUUGGGUGCUUGACAUAUUCCUUGAGCCCUACCGAGGAGUGA